CGGAAUUGAAAUCAUUCAAUAAGAUUGUUCAGUCAUGACUGUAACAUAUACCUCACGCGUUAACACCUCGAGUGUUUUUAGCAACUUUUUGGGGUUGCUGGUCAGAUGGCGCGGCAGUAUUUAUAAGUUGAUAUGGCUUGAUCUGAUUGUGUUCUUUGGAUUGUAUUGCGUUCUAGCGAUUAUAUAUCGCCUGCUGAUGAACGAAGAUGGCAAAAAAAUUGUUAUGAACCGCUGGUGGGAGCAGUACACCACCAUUCCUUGGCCGGAUGGGAUUGCCAUUCUGAUCAGCACCAGUAUCCAUGGCUCCGAUGACAGGGCCAGGGUCAUGAGGCGAACCAUCCUAAGAUACGUCUGCCUGUGCCAGGUGAUUGUUUUCACCAUGAUUUCGCCGCGUGUGAAGCGUCGAUUUCCCACCUAUAACCAGAUCAUUGAGGCCGGCUUUCUGCUGGAGAACGAGAAGAAGAUCAUCGAGGCCCUGGACCAAGCUUUUCCGACUUAUCCAAAGCACUGGAUGCCCAUCGUCUGGGCUGGCAGUAUUGUGAUGAGGGCCAGAAGGGAGAACAAAAUCCGCGAUGACUACGCCGUUAAAACGAUCAUGGACGAGCUGAACCAGUUUCGCGGAUAUUGUGGUUUCCUGCUCUACUACGAUUGGGUCAGCGUUCCACUGGUCUACACUCAAGUGGUCACCGUGGCCACCUACUCGUUCUUCCUGUUCAGCCUGCUGGGACAGCAGUGGAGCGAGAAGAGGCACCGUGAUGAUGGACUUAAUAUUCAGAAGUGGUUUCCCAUCCUGACCGUUCUCCAGUUCUUCUUUUACAUGGGUUGGCUCAAGGUAGCCGAGACUUUAAUAAAUCCUUUUGGAGAGGAUGAUGACGACUUUGAGCUUAAUUGGAUAAUCGAUCGGAAUAUCACUGUUGCUUAUUGCAUUGUGGACGAAAUGCACCAGGAGCACCCGGAACUCGUUAAGGAUCAGUACUGGGAAGAGGUCUUCCCAAGUGAAAUUCGGUACGCUGUACCGGAAGCUUCUACUGCCCGUAUGGAAACCCAAUUCCAGAAAAGACAUCAUCAAGGAUCAGUUGGGUCGGUUUAUUCCCUUUCUCGGACUAAUCUUCCACGUUCCUUCUUGGGAAGACCAUCUGCCACUGGGAGCUACUCGGACUCAGUUCAAAUGGAGGAGGGCCCAUCGCGAGUUAACUUCAGUAAUAAUCUAUUGCCAUCAGAAAUGGAUGACCUGCACAGCUCCCGAAAACCGUCGCAAUCCACAAUUGAUUUCAACGAGCUCAUUGAGCAGCGUCGCCGUGAACGAAGGGAGCGAAUGCGCCACCGAUACAUGGAUAUGCGAAGUACCCAUCUGCGCCACGAUAUUUCCGGUGCUCCGUACACGGUCACAGUUCUUCGUCCUCCUUCUGAUCAAACUAUUUCGGAAGACCAGGAAGCCGGAGAGGAAGACCAGCAGGAUCCAUCGAGCAAGGCACCUCCUCCAAAUAAGACAGAAAAGCACGAUUAGA